UUUAAGAUGAAACCGGAGUUGCAUUAUGCUGAAGUCGAUUGUCCAGUCAGUGCUCCAGAGGACUUCCCAAAAGAUGUUGAUCUUCAUUUUGAGAUUGAAAUUUUAGAUUUCUUUAAAGCGAAGAUUGUCAGCGAGGACAUGGGAGUAGUGAAGAAGAUAAUUGACGAAGGACAAGGAUGGGAAUGCCCAAGAGAGCUUUAUGAAGUCGAAGCUUGGAUAACUGCAAAAGCAGCCGAUGGCAAAAUGAUCCUGCCGCUUAUGAAGAAUCCAUAUCACUUUACAUUUGGUAAAUCAGAGAUACCAAAAGGGCUUGAGAUGGGAAUUGGAACAAUGGCCAAAAGAGAAAAAGCUGUAAUAUUUGUGACUGAUAGCUACUUGACAAAUUCUUCGUUGAUACAAAUUCCUGAAGGCCAUGUAGAAGUUCAGUUUGAAGUUGAACUUGUACAUUUUACUCAGGUGCGUGAUAUGCUUGGUGAUGGGCGCCUUAUAAAGCGUCGAAUACAUGAUGGAAAAGGUGAGUUCCCUAUGGACUGCCCACUUCAGGAUAGUUUGUUGAGGGUGCAUUACAAGGGGCUGCUUCUUAAUGAGGAGAGGACUGUUUUUUACGACACAAGAGCUGAUAACAAUGGCGAGCCUUUGGAGUUCUGUUCUGGAGAAGGACUUGUUCCAGAAGGAUUUGAAAUGUGUGUGCGUUUAAUGCUUCCAGGAGAGAUAUCUGUCAUCACCUGCCCCCCAGACUAUGCAUAUGACAGAUUCAAAAGGCCUGCUAAUGUUCCUGAAGGCGCACAUGUUCAGUGGGAAAUUGAGCUUCUUGGUUUUGAGAUGCCAAAGGAUUGGACUGGAUUAAACUUUCAGAAUAUAAUGGAUGAAGUAGAAAAGAUAAAGACCACAGGGAACAGACUAUUUAAAGAAGGAAAGUAUGAGCUGGCCAAGGCAAAAUAUGAGAAGGUUCUUCGGGAGUACAAUCAUGUUAAUCCCCAAGAUGAUGAGGAAGGGAAAACCUUUUUAAAUUCACGAAACGCAUUGCAUCUGAAUGUUGCAGCAUGCUACCAGAAAAUGGGUGAAUACAGAAAAUCAGUUGAGACGUGCAAUAAGGUAUUGGAUGCUAACCCUGUGCAUGUCAAGGCUAUUUAUCGCCGGGGCAUGGCUUACAUGUUAAAUGGAGACUUUGAGGAAGCACGGAAAGAUUUUAAUGCGAUGAUAAGCAUGGACAAGUCUUCUGAACCAGAUGCUAACGCUGCCCUCCAAAAGCUCAAGCAAUUAGAACUGUAUAUACAGGAAAACGAGAAGAAGGCCAGGAAGCAGUUUAAAGGACUUUUUGAUAAGAAACCUGGAGAGAUUUCCGAAGCUGGAAACAAAUCUACAGAUAACGAUGAUGAAGACUCGCAGAGCCCAGAAGGGAAGUCGCCUAACCCAGACGAGGGGCAAGAGAGCCAGACAAGCAGUGUUGAUGUGGAGGUGCCUGCCAAAAGUUUAGGAUUUCUCUCACGCCUGUGGCCUUCAGGUAGAAGAAUCUUUGCUGCUUUUGGAUCAAAUAGAUGUUCAAUACUAUGAAAGAUUAAGCCAGGUAACAAGCUGCCCCUGAUUCAUCAUGUCCUCCAGUAGCUUUUCAGAGACAGCUUACUAGAGAAUUAUUUCUCUAGUGAAGCAUUUUGUUGCGGAUUAUGUGGCUGUAAAAUAUUCUUUCUUUUUUUAAUUAAUAAUCAUAUAUCAUGUGAUGGUCGAGAGUACUGUAAAAUUGCAAUAUGAAUAUUAAUAUAAUAACAAUAAUAAUAUGUAGCCUUAAUUCGGCUAUAUAAAUCUUUUUUCUUCAUCGUGUCCUGUUAAGAGUCAUAUGAAUAAUAAUAUUCUGAAUAAUUUGUAGA